GAGGGUCCAGAUGGCUACAGCUACUAUUUUCAUGAUCUUCGAAAAGAACCACACCAUCUUGAUAAGUUGCACAGCAGUGCUGGAGGUAUUAUGGUGUGGGGGGCCAUUUCUUAUUAUGGCACCUGUCAGCUUAAAUUUGUUAAAACUACCAUGAAUGCAUUAAGCUAUAAUGCAAUAUUGAAAGAGGCCUUUCCCCACUUCCAAACACUUUUCGCAAAUUUAAAAUGGAUUUAUCAACACGAUAAUGCCCCAAUACAUACGGCUCGGAUAGUUAAUUCGUAUAUAACAAGCCAAAACGUGGAGGUAUUAAAGUGGCCACCAUAUUCGCCGGACUUAAACAUCAUUGAGAAUGUGUGGGGAUGGCUAACACGUGAAGUAUAUGGAUCCGGCCAGCAAUAUUCGAGCGUUCCCGAGCUUAUGGCAGCUAUCAAAUUAGCAUGGGACUCGAUUACGUUGAGUUAUUUGGAAAAAUUAUACGCAUCCCUUCCAAACCGAAUGUGUGAAGUUUUGGAAAACAAAGGUGGCUCAACACAUUAUUAAAAAAAUUUUUUUUUGUUACAAAAUACCUUAAACUAGAAUAUAUUAAGUAAUUUUAAUGUUUGAAUAAAGUUUGAAAAUUCUAAACAUUUUUUUUGGGAAUGUGUCCUAAUCAAGUGGUGCAAAAUGAAGACUGCACAAUUGGUUACUAAUUGUUUAACAAUUUUUUUUUUUAUACUUACAACUUUUUAAAAAUAUUGUAAUUUUUGCAACACUACUAGAUUUAAAUUAACUUAACUAAAACAAUAAAAUUAUGUUCCUAGAUGGCUUGGCUUGGCAGCAAUUAAAGUUAUAAAAUCUAGUUUAGAGGUGUCCUAUUCAAGUGGCGAGCAGUGUAAGUCUUAAGUGCUUAAGUAAGUUUUAAGCUUAAAUAAUGUAUUUUUUAACUACAGUAACACAAUUAACUAUAUUAAGGGUAGACCAUUUAAGUGGAAGCAUCAGGCAACCCUAUAACAUUUAAAAGCGCUGCCUGAUCGACAAAGGUCAUAAAGUUCAGGAAGCUUCAUUAGAAGACAAAAUACUUUGAAACAAUACACUCCAAAAGAACGCGCUGAAAUUGUUCAGCUUUAGGUAUAUUUAAAACAACUUCUCAAUUGUGAGAACCAAGCGUGCGUUUCGGGCAAAAAAUAGAGUUAAAAGUGCUCCCCAGUGCACAACGUCUUGUUUAUCCGCAAAGUAUUAUAUAUGGAAUCCGUCAAUGUUAAUAAUGAUAAUCACUCAUCCAUAACCCAAGCCGUACGAGCCAGUGUUGAGGCUUAUCCAAAAAUGUAAAGCUAUCGCCGUUCUCAGGAGCUUGGAAUCGCUCGGACCACAGUCCGAUGCAUGAUUCAUAGUGAUUUGAAGAUGUUUUCAUAAAAAAAUUGAAAUGGCUCAUAAAAUGAAAGGAGCUGACUAUCCGGGACUAUCAAAUGGUAAAUCGGUACAUACCAAGCCAUGAUAACCGAUUUUUUUAAUGCCAGUUGUUCGGGAAAAUGGCUUGGAUAGCUUCUAGUUUCUACAGGAUAGCGCUACAUCGAGGCCAUUAUAUCCCGGACGACUCAUAUCAAAACAGGCGAUUUUGACUGACGACAGAGGUCACCAGAUUUGACGCCCACAACUUUUUUUCUGCGGCUAUUUAAAAUCUAAGGUAUACAUGAUCAAGCCAAGAACACUAGCUUAACUCAGAGCCAACAUACAAAAAUUAGUUCAAGCAUUUUUCCAUGGACUAUCAUAAAUAAAUUUUUAAAUGGAAAUAAAAAAAAAAAAUUUUUAAACUAUUUUUUCAAAACUAAGUGCUUCUACUUAAAAUGGACUACCUGUAUGUAACAAUUUCAAAAACAAAUUAUUUUGUAAAAAGUUUUUAUUGGUUUGCAUAUUAUUGGGAGUAUCUGGUCUCUUACAUUUCUUUUAGAGAAUCUCUGAAUGUGACGGAAAUAAGGCAGUGCGGAUUCUUCAGCGACUGUCAGAUGGCGGAGAAGCCGUUCAACAGCAUCAUGACACAUUUGUUCCUCGUAAGACCAAAUUAUAGCUUUCAGAAAUUGUCGUUAUGUUGAUAAACCUUCCAGUACCUGCACGAUAUCAAUGAAAUUAUGCUUCCUAACGAUUUACGUACAGUCACAUUUAAUGCCAAGGUGAAAACCUCUUACGUUCUGAAAGUACUCCUCCAUUCGAUAUCGGCAGAUAAAGAGGUGCGAAAUCUACCGGUGGCAUAUCGCAAGUGUCGCUACCCUGACGAAAAUAACUUGAAGUACUACAGUGUAAGCGAAAUUUCUUUGGCGGCUGUGGAUAGCCUCAGUAAAGAGUUUUCCCUACAGCCGUAUUACCCGAGUCUCUGUCGACUGGAGUGUCGGAUCAUCUGGGCCCAGAGCUUGUGCCAGUGCAAACCUUACUUCUACGCCGCAGCUCCUGAAGUUCCAGUUUGCAACAUAUCCGGAAUGCUUUGCCUAGCCCGCUCCAAUUGGCUUAAAAAGCCCUGUGACUGCUUUCCCCUGUGCGAGGAGAACACUUACAACAUCGUCGGGGAGGAAGAGCAAGGGGGAGUAGGUCGUUCCCCCUCCUAAAAUUCACCAAUAACCCUAAUUCAUUUUUCUCCUAGGGAGAUCCAAACGAAGGCACCGGUAAAACCAAAAUGUCUGAUCAGUUCGAGCGGACGAUGAUCAUCAAGCUGGUUCUUCCCAAGAUGGGAAUGAAGCGACGGGUGGUGUUCAGCACGGAUCAGUUGAUAAUGUCUUUCGGCGGAGCCAUCGGGCUCUUUCUUGGAGCCAGUUUCAUGACUAUAUACGGUCUAAUCUACUUAUUUCUCACUUUUCUGUUUGUCAAAGGGAAAUAUUGCUUAAAAAUAUUUAAAUAGGUACAAAAUUGGUAACCUUUUAGAAAUAUUUCUGAAGAAGGUUAAUAUUAACUACUGCCUUUGUGUUUGUGGUCGACUAAAGUUUGUGACCAACAGCUUUUAAUAUAACUAGUUAGUUUUCGCUUUAUUAAG